UGGUUGGUGAGGUAAAGCUUUUCAGGCUUCAAAUUUUCUUGUACAUGCGGAAUCAAGCAAACGCAAUGUAGCCACACAAGCCAUCUCCCAAGAACUUUGGGUCAUUUUCCCACUUCGCCACAUGCAAGUUCCACCACCAUUCAUGUUCAAACAAAUCAUCAAGAGUGGAGGUGGAGGGAUAGGUUUGAAUAUACCUACUAGUAAUAGCUCAAUUCAGAGUAGAGGAGUCGGAGCAGACUGCAGAGCCAGUAAUGGUUAGGUGUGCCGGGUGCUUCUUACACCAGUCAAAGAGAGUUGUGGAUAUAAUUGUGAAUUUGUGUGGGAUUGGAAUGAUUAUAUACUGCCUCUGGCUGCUCAAGAAGUGGAAUGAUGGCUUCUCUCAGAUGCUUAUCGUCACUCCUCUUCCUCGACCAUGGUUCAUCUACAUAUGUUUAGCCAUCGGGAUUGCCGUCUGCUUGACCACACUUUAUGGCCAUGUGGUUGCGAACUGCGACAGCAGUUCUAGUCUUUGCAUAUAUAUUGUUUCCAUGUGCUCCAUUCUUCUCCUCCAAGCUGGGGUGAUUGUUGCGAUUUUGUUCAAGAUAGACUGGGCUUGGCAAAUUUCCAAGUACAUUGAUGAGCACUAUAAAAAUUUCCAGAAUUUUCUCAAUUUCCAUCUGAUAAUGUGCCGGUCGGUUUCAGUUGUGGUUCUGGUUGGACAGAUCAAUGCAGUUGUGCUUGCUAUUCUGAUAUGGGCAAUAGGAACUCAUCCAGGAGCUCACUGCAACAGUCCAGAUCAACAAGAACGCCGUAAUUUCACACAUUCCUUUCUAGUACCGCCCAACUCGCCUAUCCCAGGUUGCUCAAGUGAAUUUCUCAAUGGUAGGCUUUCACAGAUCUCUCUGCCAUAUCUUAAGGAUGGGAGAUCACAGGGCUGUCUGUCAUAUAUUAAGGAUGUGUUCACAGGACUUUUUCAGAGAAGAAACCGGUUCUAGUUCAAAAUUCACAUGAAAAAAUAUAUAGAAAAUUUUCCUCUCAAACACACUCAUUAAUCAAGGUUAACUCUUUGGGAAUCAA